AUUAUUAUCAUGUCUUCUUCUUUGAUUGCUAACCAGAUAGAACAAACACUUGCUGAAAAAGAACACUUGGCCGAAGAAAUAUUCAUCAAUAAACAAGCUGUCAUUGAUUAUGACAGAAAGAGAAAUAGCAACCGAGAGGCUUUAUCGCAAAUAAAAAAGACACAAGACGAAAAACUAUGGACAUUUUUUGGUGACAUGUUUAUCAAAUUACCAACAGAGAAUGUCAAGACAUUAAUUCAAAAAGGUGAAAUAAAUACACUAAGAGGAGAUGUACUCAUCUUGGCUUAGAUCAAGUAUUAUUGGAUGAAAAGAUUGACACAGCAAGAGAUAUCAUGAAGCAAAAUACAUUGGCUAUUCAAAGAAUUGAAGGCAAAAAA